CCAGACAUCACACUCAGAGACAAGGCACUGUUACUACUACACACACUCCCACACAGCACAGCAUCCACACGGCUGUGAUACUACACUCUCUGGCCUGUCCACUGAACUGACAACCUGAACACUCUACGACUCCAUUGGACGAUCGCUGAAAUGGAUUGAAACAGAGAGGAUCCAAGUGGAAAAAGAUGGUUCGUUGGUGGACUUUUUGACUGCGUUCAGUUCCGGGUUAAAUCGCAUCGAAGAGAAGUUGCCUUGACUAUUUUUUUCAAUAUUUUUCUUCACUGUUCCUAAGGGGGCUCUCACACCCAUAUAGAGUUCGAUUUUUCGACUAUCCUCCUCUCUGCGCCUCAGGAGUCUGUUCAAGUCUCUGUCUCUCAGGGGAUUGUGUUUUUCAGGGUCCAUCUCCUGCCACCCUCCAUGAUGCUGACAGAGCCGUAUGGGAUGAUGGGGUCCAUGGGUUCCGAGGUGCGCGACCUGAGCUCUCUCUUACCCCCGGUGCCCUCCGUACCCUCCCUACCAGUGAGCAGCGGGGGCUGUGGCCUGCCCGUUGGGGGUACCCCUCAGUGGGCACCUUACCUGGACCUCCACCCUGGAUCUCCCUACGGUUCCCUGCCCUCCCACCACUCCCUCAUCAAGCAGGAGCCUGGCUGGGGCUCCACGGACCCUCUGGAGGACCCUCACUGUGGCCUGGGGGCCUUCACGUUGCACUUCUCUGGCCAGUUCACUGGGACAAGCCCCUGUCGGGUUGGGGCCUUCGGUGAGCCAGCUCUAAGCCAGUCCAGGGUGUUUCCUAAUGGAGCCUACCUCCCAGGCUGUGUGGACAGCCCGCCGACCCACAGGAACCAGGGUUAUGGGACAGUAGGUCUGGACGGGGCUCCCAGCUAUGGUCACACUCCGUCUCACCACUCCCCUCAGUUCUCCAGUCAUUCCUUCAAACACGAGGACAUCAUGUCCCCUCCAACUACCAUGGGUGACCAGCAGUACCCUGCCCCUCCCCCCAUGUUUGGUUGCCACCCCCCCUCAGAGAACUGUCCAACCAGCCAGGCUCUACUGCUGAGGAACUAUAACAGUGAUAACUUGUACCAGAUGGCCUCUCAGCUGGAGUGUGUAGCGUGGAACCCUGCUAACACACUGUCCACCAUCAAAAGUCAUGGGACAGGAUAUGAGAGUGACCCCACGGCCCCCCCUCCUCCUGUGGUCCUCAGCUGUAGUGCCCAGUACCACAUCCACACACACGGCCUCUACAGAGGACUACAGGAUGUGCGGCGGGUGCCUGGUAUCACACCGUCUGUGGUGAGGUCAUCAGAGACCAAUGAGAAGCGUCCGUUUGUGUGUGCCUACCUCGGCUGCAAUAAGAGAUACUUCAAACUUUCCCACCUGCAGAUGCAUGGCAGGAAACACACGGGAGAAAAGCCGUAUCAGUGUGACUUCACAGACUGUGGACGGAGAUUCUCCAGAUCAGAUCAACUGAAGAGACACCAACGCAGACACACAGGAGUGAAACCAUUCCAGUGUGAGACGUGCCAGAGAAAGUUUUCACGGUCAGACCAUCUUAAGACACACACUCGGACACAUACAGGUAAAACAAGUGAGAAGCCCUUUACAUGCCGCUGGUCCAGCUGUCAGAAGAAGUUUGCCAGGUCUGAUGAGUUAGUUCGCCACCACAGCAUGCACCAGAGGAACCUGAUCAAAUUACAGUCUGCCAUUUGACCAGUACUAAACCGGUUUGGACUCGACAGGACUGGAUUGGACCGUACCAAACGCAUAGCCAUCUGAGCAACAAUGAUGACUGGACCUAAGCCCACCGAGUGCCAUAAGUGGAAAGUACAACUCAAAUAUGGCCUCUAUUGCUCCAACUAAAGAACAUAGUUCACCAUGCACCCCUUUGGAUGGAAGAUGAAUAGAUCAAUGCCACCUCAGAUUUAUGUCACAUCAGCCAAUGAAUAUCAACGGUUACUGUAGCUUCAACCCCUGAUAACCCAGCACUAGGAUUCCCUGUUUUUAUUGUUAUAAAUCAAAUAGUUGAUAUUUUUCUUAUGUACACAACCAGCUUCAUCCUGAGACAUGAUUAAGAAUCUGCUGUCUGGGUGAGAAGAACAUCAAUUGUCAUUAUUUUGUUGUUGUAUUAUAAUUGCACUGGCUUUAUGUUCAUUUUUCUGCCAUAAAUGUUUUACUACAGAUGUAGGAUCUUAAUUUGAGACGGUUUGCUACAGCAAGAAAAUAAUACGGCAGCAACAGGAAAUGGGAAUUAUUAUGUGGAUUAUAAUUAAUAGACAUUUAAGUAGGGGUUGAUAUAUUUUUUGUAAGGGAAAAUCAAGUCUGAAAUUUCAAAUUGGAAAUUAUAAACUUCAGAAGACUUUUAAAACCUCAAACAAGUUUGACAUUUCCUGCAUAUCAAAUUAAGAUCCUAGACCUGUAUGUACUGGAGCUAGACCAUGUAAACUGGAGUUAGGAAACAGACAAUGUCACUCUAUGUCCAACGAGACAACGAGUAAAACAGAAAAUUAUACUGUGAUUGCUGGAGGAAAUGUGUACGUGUGUUUUAUGUGCCUACAGUGUAAAAUGUCACUUCCUUUGUGUAUAUAUGACUCAUUGCUAUCCUUUUUAAACAGUCAUUUUGUAUUUUUGUACUGUUCAAAUGUAUUAAAUGUGGAUCUUUUGGUCA